GAGCGAGCCGAUCAGGUCUCGUACUGCUAGACUUGAAACAAAAAAUGUCAAUCAGGAACGUAGACUGUCCUUGCGACUGCUUCGUAUCAGCCAAGAACGUUGACUGUCAUUCUGAUUUCUUCGUAUUGCUAUUGCAGUACUCUUCGAACAAGUUCAGCUAUCCUUGACGACUUAUGCCAACUUCGCCGAAGGAUUCAAACUUGCGCAUCACGGACGGCGAACGAUGCGGACUGAGAGCAGAUGUGUGCAUAGUAGUAUGAAAGCCCCGACGAUUCGCAAGCACUUCGACUGCUACAACACACUACCUUCCAACGGCGGAAACCUCCUCGCCUUAACUCGAAUCGAUUCCGCUUGCACGAUGCAUCUUGCCUUCCUCGCCCAGCUUCUCAUCGCAGCGCUGGCUCUUGCUGCGCCAGGCGGUUCUGCCUUGGACGAUAAUAGUCUCGACAAACCAGCGGGAACCCCGGCGGGCAAAGCAGCGGGUAAACCAGUGACAAAUUCAGCGGGAGGCCAACCAGCGGCCAAGCAAGUGACCAAACCAGUGGCCAACCAAGCGGGCAAACCAGCGAACGCCAUACCACCAGGUUUCUUGAAGCCAGUGCCCGUGAAACCACUGGUCUUUACAGCAACAGGAGGCAAAACAGGCGGAAAAGUACAGCCCGACGCCACACUCGACUGUGCUCGCGUCAGAAUCGUCUGCCAUAAAGUUUUCACAAAUGCCGCCCUGCAGGAUCCCGACAACGAUCUGACCUCGUGGUGCAGCGACGUCAAAGAAAGAAUUGAAGAUGAUGCCGAAGAGAGUCACAACGAUGGCUCAAACUGCCUGAAUGGCGAACCUUACGUCGACCCAGGCCAGCCAACGUGCACCAUCCCUUACCGAUACAACUGGGGCGUGCGCUAUGAGGCAGAAUUCGUCAUCCGACGCUUCAGGAAGACCUGCAAUGAUCCACCUACUGGAGCUGGAAAAUUGACGCAGAUCUUGACCGAGAUUUGUGGUGUUCAGAAGCAGGACUUUUCGGCAUGGGGCACUGCGACUGUCGAUAAUAGCAAUGUGCACUGUGGUGAGCAGUGAGUAGGGGUUGGAGAUCGAGACUGAGUGGAGCGAUGUAAUUGGGUGGGCAAUUUACAUGUCGGAUGCUACACGGCGUUGCUACUACACGAUGUACACUAUGCGGCCGGACUCAGGGUGCUACUCCUUCGCUUCCACUAUCGUUAUGUUCAUUGGAGCAUUAUUACUACUACAUAUAUAUACAAUUUCAAGGCCG